UAUAAGCGGUCGUGGGACGCUGACAAGGUGUCAGCUGCGGAAUCUCCAACUGGCAGAGCCGCAGCUGCCCAAGAGGAGAACGCGGAGCCGGCCGGACCGACAGACGCGCCCCCUGCCCCUAGCUCACCAAGCCUCCCGGACGCUCACCGCGCAGUUCAGGUCCCGCCCGCCCCUAGGAGCCCAGAGCCGGGAUGGAAACGGUGCAGGAGCUGAUUCCACUGGUCAGAGAGAUGAUGGCCCAGAAGCCCAGCAGGAAGCUGGUGAAGCUGUACGUGGUGGGCGGCGUGCUGGCCCUGUUCGGCGUGGUGCUGAGCCUGAUGGAGACCGUGUGCAGCCCCUUUACGGCCGCCAGCCGCCUGCGCGAGGAGGAGGCUGCCAGGGCCGCACUGCAGGCCGCCCGGGAGCGCCAGGCCCUGCAGGCACUAGCCCUGCAGGAGAAGGACAAACAACGGGAUGCCAUCCUCUUCAGCCGGGCCCUAGCCAACCGGCAGCACGCCUCCUAGAAACUGUGGGAGGCCAGUAGAGGUGAGAGGAAGAGGGAGAGAGAGAGAGAGAGCGCGCGCGCAAGAAAGGAAAAGACAGAGCUGGAGACUGAGAAUGAUUCAAGUAGAAGAGAGCCGGAGUCCUGGGCUGUUUGGAUGGACUUUGGAGAAGCCAGACUCCCUGAAAGUGAGCUAGCUCACAGAUCCACCAAAAGGAGUCUGGGAUGAGUUUUGCUGCUGUGCAGCGCCGCAGAAGGAUGACCUGUCCAAAACUGCGUAUCUUUGAGCCCAGUGCAUCUACCAUUUGCACUAGAGCAGAAGGAGGAGAAGUCCUUUUUAUAUUAUUGGCAUUAUUAUUAUUGUUUUUACAAUGACCAUCAUUUUUAAAUAAAAGAUAUUUUAUACAAA